CAUUCAUUUGCAUCCGUGACGUCGCUCGGCGAGUGAUUUGCAUACGAUUUGCAUGCGGCGCGGCGGCGCGGAGCAAUGUCGGCAGCGCCCCGGGACGGCGGCGCCCCCCGGGGCAGGGCCGGGGCUCUGCGAGGCGGGGAGAAGCAGUGCUCAUGGGCUUCCUACAUGACCAACUCCCCGACGCUGAUCGUGAUGAUCGGGCUGCCCGCACGUGGCAAAACUUACGUGUCCAAGAAGCUCACCCGCUACCUUAACUGGAUCGGGGUGCCCACCAAAGUGUUUAAUUUAGGGGUCUAUCGCCGGGAAGCGGUCAAGUCUUACAAGUCCUAUGACUUCUUCAGGCAUGAUAACAAAGAAGCCAUGGAGAUCCGCAAACGGUGUGCCUUAGUGGCUCUGGACGACGUGAAGGCUUAUCUCUUGGAGGAGUGUGGGCAAAUAGCUGUGUUUGAUGCCACCAACACAACUCGAGAAAGGCGGGACAUGAUCUUAAAUUUUGCUAAGGAAAAUGCUUUCAAGGUUUUUUUUGUGGAGUCCGUCUGUGACGAUCCGGAAGUCAUUGCUGCCAAUAUCCUGGAGGUGAAAGUUUCCAGCCCUGAUUACCCAGAGAGAGACAGGGAGAACGUGAUGGAUGAUUUCCUGAAGAGGAUUGAGUGCUACAAGGUCACUUACCAGCCUCUUGAUCCUGACGCAUAUGACAAAGAUCUUUCCUUCAUUAAAGUGAUCAAUGUGGGACAGCGGUUCCUAGUAAACAGAGUCCAAGAUUACAUCCAGAGUAAAAUCGUCUAUUACCUAAUGAACAUUCAUGUCCAGCCGCGUACCAUCUACCUUUGCCGACAUGGUGAGAGUGAAUAUAAUCUUGUUGGCAAGAUUGGUGGGGAUUCUGGUCUGUCGCCACGUGGGAAGCAGUUUGCUCAGGCACUGAAGAAGUUCAUUGAGGAGCAGGAAAUCAUUGACCUGAAGGUGUGGACGAGCCAGCUGAAAAGAACAAUCCAGACUGCCGAGUCCCUGGGGGUCACAUACGAGCAGUGGAAGAUUCUCAAUGAGAUCGAUGCUGGGGUGUGUGAAGAAAUGACCUAUGCCGAGAUCGAAGCCAAGUAUCCAGAGGAGUUUGCCAUGAGGGAUCAAGAGAAAUACCUUUAUCGCUAUCCUGGAGGAGAGUCUUACCAGGACUUGGUCCAGCGCCUGGAGCCGGUAAUUAUGGAGCUCGAACGGCAAGGCAAUGUCCUCGUUAUCUCCCACCAGGCGGUUAUGAGGUGCCUGUUGGCUUAUUUUCUUGACAAGAGUGCAGAUGAGCUGCCCUACCUGCGCUGCCCCCUCCACACCAUCCUCAAGCUCACGCCUGUGGCAUACGGCUGUAAGGUGGAGACGAUCACCCUGAACGUGGAAGCAGUGAACACCCACCGUGACAAACCCUCUCUGAACUCAAGCAAGCUUCCUGCCAGCCAAACCCCUGUAAGGAUGAGAAGAAACAGCUUUACGCCGCGGGCCAGCGCGGACACAGUAAAGCGCCCACGACAUUACAGCGUUGGGAGCAAACCUCUUGACCUGCUGGGGCCUUUCCCAUCCCUGGAAGCUCGAGAUGGGGCCAACCGGCCACAGCUGCAAGUUGGUGUCCAGGUGAUACCUUCCCUAUGUCUCUCUUCCCAGCGUCACUCGCGGUUGUCACUGAUCCUCUCUGAAAUACAGACCCUUUCCAGGGGUGUCUGUGGUUUUGUUGGUGCCCAUUUCCCUGUAGAUCCAAUAUCAGGAGCUUCUUGAACAGAGCUUGGGCUCCGAGUGCCCACAGUUCGGGGUUUGGUGCUUGGCAUUUCUCUUAGCUUAGAAGCGUGUAGAUCCUCAUCAGCAUUGGAUACGAAGCCCUGUUUGUUUCUUUGCUCAUUUUAAAUUGUUUCUCUGUUAUGUGAGGUGUUUUUCUGUGCUUUGGAGCCUGCAGGGCCGCACGUUGCUGCCUGCCAAAUGAGGCAGAGAGGAGGUGCAUGGUGGACUUUGAGGAGGUCUUGGCUGUGCUCCUUGUGUAGAGACACCCAUUGUUACCAAAUAGUCUUGGAUUCUUUAGAGGUUAAUGUUUUCCAAGCUGUUCAGUGAUCCCGGCUUCUUGUUGCCCUCCUCCCUGUUAGCAGUCAGUGGCCAGAGUGAAAGAAUGGGCAGUGCAGCACAGGUGAACGCUGCUGAUGGUUUUCUACUUGGUGAAGAGCCCAAGGCUUAGACAUGCCUAAAGUGGGGGGCUCUGGUGGGAACUGAGCCUGACAGGGCUUUGCGUUGCGGUGGGUUUGGCCCACAGCAGCUCUGGGUGAAGCCUCAGCUGGACAGGACCCUGACUGCCCAAGGCCUUUAAUUUAUAGGGGUCUCCAGUUGGGGCAGCUCAAGGAUGGGAAUCCCCUCUUUAGCUGCUCCAUGGUUCCAGUUGUACCCUUCCGAAUUGUAACAUUGAAGCCCUGGCAGCUCUGGGCUGAAGGAGUGUUUCGAAGCCCUGGGGCUGGGGCUGGGUGCGCAGUAGGUAAUCAUGCUGUCUUGAGGUCUUUUGCCUGGAUGGAGCCCUUGAGAUGGGCAGGAGUGGAGGAGGUGGCCAUGUACCACAGCACGCGGUGUCCAUACCUUGUAUCACCUCCAGCUGUGAUACAAGCCUGCCCGGAGCUCCCUCACCUGAAAUCUUUGGGGUUGCUUCACUUCUUUCCUCCUUUGCUUUGCUGCUUUUACUGUUACUUUUUAAAUCUCCUUUCAAAUGCACUCUGAGCUCUCCUCUGCUGUUUCUUUUUCCUUUGCAGCCUCAAGGGGGAAGUGCUUGCCUGUGAGUACCACUGAAAGCAGCUUGUGUGUGCUCUCUUUUGGUUUAGUAAGUAGGACUUCUCUUGAUUAAUGCUGCAUGGAAACUACUUUGGGGAAGGACAAAGGCAUAGAGCAGAAAAGUCUUUUGCUGCAUAACAACCUGUCAUUAAGAGGGACCUCGGCACAGGAGGAAUACGUUACCAGGUUGAGCCCAUUGAUCCGGGGGCUCCAGCUGGACUUACUGGUGCAUCGUGCUCGCGCUGGUUGCCUGCCAAAGUGCUUUAAACCCUGAGCUUGCUCUGGACCAGGACGUGGAAGUGCUCUGUGCGAGCACUGCUGGGCUGAGCCACGUAGCUGGUACCGAGUGGGUCUCCCUUAUGUCCCCUCUCUGCCUGGGACAGGGUGUGGUGAUGAUAUUUAUCACUGGGAUUUUGAAGGAGUCAUAGGAUCACAGCCUGGAUGGGAGUGGAGCUGCUCAGCCCCGGCUCCCCGUGACCGGUGGGAGCUGGGUGGGUUUAGCACAUCCCUGGCAAGCAGCUGGGUGGAUCAGCCUUUUUGUGUGCGUGGCAGUUGUCACAGAGUCCUCACAUCCCCUUGGAGUCACCUCUGACUGGGGGUGAAGAGAGCAGGACUGUCUCUCUCCCAACCUCAGGGGAGAGCAUGUCCUUGUCUCUCCCUCCUCUCCAGGGAGCCAGCAGCCGGCAUCACCCACGAGACCUUGGCUUCCCUCUCUGCCUCCGAGUAAGGGGUUUGGAUGAGACCUUGGCUGUCACCCUGCGCAGAAAGGCCACAGAUGCCCUCGCUUCGCCGUGCUGCUGCCAUCCCUGUGGCCCGGCUCUGUCCCCUGCUCUGCUGGUGGCUCUGGCAGACCCUGCUGCGACCCCUCGCUUGGCUUACCAGGUGUUUUUCCUCCUGCAGUACAUGCAACGCUGAUGUUUUUUGUCUCAUACUAGUUUUUCACGGUGUAGGUGCUCUUCUGGGGGCCUGGCUGUGCACAGCAGGUCCUUGCCUGGGGCUGUGGGGCAGCUCGGCAGUGCCCAUGCAGCAUCCUCCAAACGCUGCCGUGCUUGUCCGCGUGUGCUGGGGUGACCCCCAGCUCCUGGCUGCUCCCACCGCCUUUUGGCCGCCCUCUCGGUCGGUGGGAGCAGCAGGCUGUGCUGUGGAGCACCUACGGUGGGCUCAGAGGUGGCAGAAGCUGUGUCCUCAGAGGCUUCAAGUCUCUGCGUGCGUUGCUGACACGCUCUGCCUCUCAGCCAAGCUCUGUACCCUCUUUGCCUCAGCCCUGAGGCUCCGGGCAAAUCUUCUUGCUCCUGGUGCUCUGGCAUCAAAGGGAGAGCUGAGUUUGGCACAAAGAUUGAAAUGGUAGCUGAUUAAGUUUCUGUAUGUCAGGCAUUAAGAUAGGAUUCGGGUUUUGAUGAAGAACUGGCUCCUGUUUGCUGCAGCAGAGUGGUCCCCGCAGCGAUGGGGCACGACUCUUACUGCCCAAGGAUGCAGCUCGUCUCUUCCAGGCGAGGAAGGCACAGCUCCUACCUCUGCCUGGGUAGAAACUCCUGCUUGAAUGUAUUCGGCUGUUUGAAUGUGCAAGUUUUUACUGUAAUUGCACUUUAUCCUUGAAGCAAAGCUCUUCCAACAAUGUUCUCAGUGUGGCUGCUCUGUCUUUCUCCAUCACCAGUAUUUACAGACGUGUCGUAGGACAAAAAGGUAUGGGAUUGAUCCUAAAGUUACACGCCUCUGUCUCCUACUCUCUGGUUUGCGAUAGCGUUUUUGAUAAUGCUGCAGAGUUUUCUUCCUGACUGUCCUUCUAAAGCCGCAGAAGCGCACAAAGCGUUGAGCUCAGAUGUUGCUGUAGAGCAUCUCCUGCGUCGGGAUGGUGGACUUGGGAAUGGUCCAGCCAGUAGCAAUGCAAAAAGGCACCUUCUUCCUAGAGUUCCCCGUCUCCCUGGGUUCCCGAGGCCUUAAUGUUGAAGAUGAAGGGGAAAAGGAGAAAGAACCUGAGCUGGAGGAGCAUAUGAUAAAUCUACUAAAUCAUUGUUCCUAUACUGGGUGAUAUGAAUUUAGAAUCAAAUCAAAGGGAAAUUAUCCGUAGGCUCAAAAUCGAAGCCUUGCACCUUUGGAUUUGCCUUUACCCUGAGCCAAAAGGAGCUGUAGGUUUAGAAAUGGACUGUGUACGCCAGCUUUGCAAAAUGACCUUUUUAACGCUGUGCUUCAAGUGUUUCUUUCCCCUGUGUUCAAACAAAUAACUCGGACUUCCUAGGAGGGUUUCCAGAGACAUGAAGGUGACUCGUUCCAGCACAAACCUUCUUCCUUUGUAAUGCUGAUGUUUUGCCUGAGAAAGUAGCACGUGAGCAGCUAUUAUGGGUUACCUCUGUCUGAUGGUGGCGACUUUUUUAAGUGUCAAUGUCGGGAAAGCUGUUUAGAGAUUUAUUUAUUUUUUAAAUUGCAAAUAGAAAAUACGUAGGGUCUGGAUUUCCUGGCUGUUGGCUUUUAAGUGUUGGUGCCGCUGUUAAUCGUUAGCAAAUUGGCUCCAUGGCAGUGCCAUUUAUUUUUAUUGCAAAACAGCGCUGGUUCGGUAACAAAGCAAACUGCACGUUAUCAAUUCACGCAUCGUGUUGUACACUCAAAGCACUGUGAGUGCUGAGCUCGGUGUGAGUUGGAGCCCCUCCGUGCGUUUUCUGUGCUCUUGAGCCACUGCAUGACCAGCAGCUGCGGGAAAUCCUGGCUGUCGGGUUGGAACUCGUGCUUGUGCAUUUGUAAAUCUAUAUUUCACUUGUACUGACCUGAGUGUGUUCCUGUCCUCUGUCUGACCCUCGGUGAGGCACUGGAAGGUGUUUUAUCAAAGCUAUAAGUAUUUAUUUUGGUUAAUAGGCCAAAUGAUUACUGUGAUGGCUUUUGUUUGUGCUGGAAGUGUAUUUUCCUAUGGAGAAGAUAAAUAAAAGUGAGUAACCCUGAGUAACCAGCCUGCUUCGUUAUUGCCUGUGAAACAUCCCAGUAAACCUGAGGUCAGGCUGGGACUGGGAAACCCUUCGUGUGGAGUUCUGCCAGAGGUUAAAGGACCGUGCAAAAUGUGAAGCAGCUCAUUAUUUAUUCAGGGAGGAGUAAAUAAGUAAAUCCUCAGGUGGUUACUGUGACAUAGACCACCUACGUGGAGCUGGUUGGAUCCUCCUGCGAAGCAGCUGUCUGUUCCCCAGCCCUGCUUUAGCAUCCUGCCUUACUCUUAUUAUAACCUGUACCAUUUAUC